UUUCCAUACGUCGAACCCAAUGUAGAAAAAUACAUUUAGCCUUUUAAUGAAUCGUCCUCUCCCUUUUGAAACCCUAUUCAAUAGUUGGGACAAGUUUUCGACUCUCCUUCUCCAAUCUGUGCGGCGACGCUAGAGUCAAACUGAAAGAACUCUAUUUCGUCAAAGCUUUGAAUUUCAUGGAAGUCAACAACGCGAAGCAAAUGCAAAGUUGGGAGCAGAACUCAUCCCUGACUGGACUGAGCUGACUUGGGAAUGUCUCAUCGAUAUAUUCUCACGGUUGAGCAUUGUAGAAACUGGGUUUCACACAAUGAAUUCGUUUGAUGGGGAAAACAAAUUCACUUAAGAACUCUCUCUCAAAAAUCGGAUCAAAGCUGAGAAACAAAAAGGGAUUGAAAUCUCUUUAGGAAGAAGUUAGGGUUUUUGUAUUAAUUGCUAGAUACUUUACAAGGAGGAGGAAUCCAAUCUAUUUAUAUAUUGUCUUAGAUUACAAAAUAUGUCUACUUUCCUUAGAACUCGAACUGAUUUUAGGAAAGUUUAUUUUUCUCCGUUAGGUCGGCCGUAGGGCGAUCUGGAAGUCGGUUAAUUGAUUCUUCUGGACUUGUCAAAUUCGUUGGGCUUUCAUUCGAAAGCCCAAAUCGCUGAUUUGAGUGAAUUUCUGAGUUAAUUAAGAAUCCGGUUUGCCUUGGUUUAUACCGGUAUGUCGGGGUACUAAAUCUCGCAACAACAAGCAUGGAACAAAGGUGGAAUGCACCUAUGUUGGUUUGCAAGACGUGGAUGGACCGUGGACGUGUGCAAAGACCCGUUGCUCAACUCGGUAUUUGAUCUUGAAACUUGGUUUCUAACUUCCACCGAAACAUGCAACCGGUGGAGUUUUGAAUUUUCGAAAAAAGUCGACUGCAUGCUCAUGUCUGUUGUUGAACGAAGUAAGGGCAGUCUCAAAGAGAUUCGGGUGAGGCACUGCACAGAUGAAUCUCUCUUGUAUGUCGCUGAUAGAUGCCCUCAUCUUGAGGUACUUUGGGUUAAGCAUUGCCCAAAUGUUACAGAUAAAUCAAUGGAAAAGAUAGCUUUAAAGUGCCCUAAGAUCAUGGAACUUGAUAUCAGCUGCUCUUAUGCAUUAUCUUCUGGGUGUAUGGAAAUGUUUGGUAAGAACUGCAAGAAUCUUCAGAUUAUAAAACAAAAUUUUACGGCACUAUCCGAGGUCUCGAGGUUCGAGUCUUUUGAAAACUACAUGGAGAAUCUACCUAUCAUUCCUAUAGGGAGUGUUGAUCCUCAUGCGAUUAGGUGUCAUAUGCAACAACUUAAGCACCUGGAACUUCGAUUCUUAACAAAAACUGAUAAAGCACUUGCUAGUAUUUGUAAACAAUGUCCAAAACUAGAGUAUCUUGACUUGUUCGGGUGUCAAAACUUGACGAUGUAUGGUGUGAUUAACAGUACCUCGACUUUGAAGAAUUUGAAGGAAAUCAAGAAGCCAAAUUUUAGAGCUUUAUUCUUUUAAUAAUCUCUUAUGGUUUUGUAAUAAU